AUGCAUUCCACUAUCCCUCAGCAAGUGGUCCCAGAUACCCGCCUCACAGAGACAAGUUAUCGAUCAUUGGAACUGCCUCUGAGUGAAGACGACCCAGAAAUCCGCCAGAAGUACCGACCGUUCAUUCUCACCGACACUACGACCGAGGACUGGGUCAACAACCUAGAGCUAUCCACGGCUCUAAACAUGGCCGAGCAGAACCUCCGGAACACAAACGAGAGACUGAAAGUUUUGGUCCUUUACGGCAGCCUUCGGAGAAGGUCCUAUUCCCGACUCGUGGCAUUCGAGGCCUCGCGCAUCCUGUUCCGACUCGGCUGUGACGUUCGCGUAUUUGACCCUGAAGGUCUCCCCGUGAAGAGCGACAGCGAUGCAAACCACCCGAAAGUACACGAACUCCGAGAGCUCAGCCGCUGGAGUGAUGGACAUGUCUGGGUAUCGCCUGAACAGCACGGGAAUCUGACCGCUGUAUUCAAAAACCAAAUCGACUGGAUCCCCUUGACAACAGGGAGUGUUCGUCCCACGCAGGGCAGAACGCUCGCCAUCGCCCAGGUCUGCGGUGGAUCCCAAUCCUUCAAUGCCGUCAACUCACUGCGGAUCCUGGGUCGGUGGAUGCGCAUGUUCACGAUCCCGAAUCAAUCCUCGAUCCCCAGAGCAUAUACGCAAUUUCCGGACGAAGGGCAGCCAGAAGAUCAACGACUCAUGCAUAGUGGCAACCGCGAUCGGCUGGUGGAUUGCAUGGAGGAGUUUGUCAAAUAUACGAUUCUGAUGCGUCCGCACAUUGAGCUUUUUGGUGAUCGGUUUAGCGAACGGGAAGAUAGGAGGUUGAAGGAGGAGAUGAGGAAUGCUGCUAUUUGA